AUAGAAAUUUGCCUUUGUAACAUUUUCAGUCUUUAAAAUUAUGUUCGACUAAUGUUUUAUUUUUAUAGCCUACUAUACAAUCAAGUGACGUGUAUUUUGACAGCAGAAUGAAAAAAAAAUGCGCACAGAGCGGGACAAGAGGAAGAUGAGAUUAUAUCAUCAUAGGAAGCCUGUAGUUCCUCCUCCUCUUCUCUUUAAAAAUAGUCUGACUGAAGCGCACCAUCUGCAUAGAAGAAAAACAACGAUUUUUUUUUUUUUUUUUCGGGAUUUCUGGCUUGGUGUGCACUCCAGCCCAGGGAAACGUAUAUAUUGAAACUGUAGAAAACAUCCAGAACUCAAGUGCAUAUAGAUGUCGCAUUGAAGUCUUCCCUGGGAUCAAAUAUCUUGGGAAAACCAGACUGUUUUGUCUAAUUUGGCUGUGAAGCCACCAUGUCACUCACAGAUCAUCACAUCUUUGUUGAACAGCAAAUCUCACACAAAUUCAAAGUGAAAGUGUUGCGGGCUGAAAAUGUCACCAAAGGAGCUCUCGGAGACCUUUUGGAUACCCCUGACCCAUAUGUGGAGCUGUUCAUCCCCACUUCCCCCGAGAGCAGGAAGAAAACACGACAUAUAGAUAACGACAUCAAUCCAGAGUGGAAUGAGACCUUUGAAUUCAUCCUCGACCCCUACCAAGACAACGUGCUAAAGCUGACAUUAAUGGAUGCUAACUAUGUUGUGGAUGAAAUGUUGGGUACGGCCUCAUAUGACAUCUCUAAACUCAAAGUUGGACAAACAGAGCUGGUGUCAUUUCUUAUAGGAAAAAUGACCAAUGUGUACUUAGAGCUUUCCUUGGAAGAGUGCUCAACGAUGGACCUGCGAUUCAAUCUGGAUCUGUGCCCUGAAGAAAAGCUCUACAGACAACACCGGCGUGAUAGAGUCAUGCUGGCUAUCAAGAAAUUGCUGCAUGUGGAAAAACCUUCCUCCCUCCCUUCCUCUCCUCAUGAGAUUCCAGUGAUUGCUGUGCUGGGUUCAGGGGGAGGUUUCAGGGCAAUGGUCGGGUUCUCUGGGGUUAUGAAGGCUUUGUAUGAGUCUGGAGUUCUGGACUGCGCCACAUACGUUGCUGGACUCUCCGGAUCCACCUGGUACAUGUCCACUUUGUAUUCCCACCCAGAGUUCCCCACUAAGGGCCCAGAGCAGAUCAACCAGGAGCUGAUGAAGCGUGUGAGCAGUAACCCUCUACGACUACUCCUUCCCAAACACAUCACUAACUACGUACAUGCCUUGUGGAGCAAGAAGGCCACAGGGCAGCCUGUUACCUUCACAGAUAUCUUUGGGAUGUUGAUAGGCGAGACGCUUAUUCCUGCUAGGAUGCACACCAAGUUGAGUGCGUUGCAGGAAAAGAUAAAUGAAGCUCAGGCUCCUCUGCCCUUGUUCACCUGCCUGCAUGUAAAACCAGAUGUCUCUGAGCUUAAGUUUGCAGACUGGGUAGAGUUCAGUCCGUAUGAGAUCGGAAUGGCCAAAUAUGGAACUUUCAUGACCCCUGACCUUUUUGGAAGCAAGUUCUUCAGAGGAAAUGUGGUCAAGAAGCACGAAGAAAACCCUCUUCACUUCCUUAUGGGUGUGUGGGGCAGUGCUUUCUCCAUCCUCUUCAACAGAAUUCUGGGAUUGAAUGAUGCGACGAAAGGCAGCACCAUGGAGGAAGAACUAGAACAGAUCAAACCAGAACACAUUGUGGGAGAGGACAGUCUAGAUAAUGAUGAUGACCCACAUAAAGAGGAUGAGUAUCAGGCCAGCUGGAUGCAGCGCAUGGUUAGCUCUCUCUUCAGCGACUCAGUUCUUUUUAAAACACGAGAAGGCAGAGCAGGAAAAGUACACAACUUCAUGCUGGGCUUAAACCUCAACAACGAUGUGCCACUUUCUUCUUUCUAUGAGACCGUCAGUCCCACGGAAGAUGAGGUUGACGCAGUCACAGACCCAUUUGAGUUUGACCGUAUCUACGAGCCAUUAGACGUAAAGAGCAAGAAGAUCCAUGUGGUGGACAGUGGCUUGACCUUUAACCUCCCUUAUCCUCUGAUUCUAAGGCCUCAGAGAGGUGUUGACCUCAUCAUCUCCUUUGACUUUUCUGCCCGACCGAGUGACUCAAGUCCUCCAUUUAAGGAACUUCUGCUAGCUGAGAAAUGGGCACGAAUGAACCAACUACCAUUUCCCAAGAUCGACCCAAAGGUGUUUGACCGGGAGGGGCUGAAGGAGUGUUAUGUGUUUAAGCCCAAAAAAGAAGAAAGGAACUGCCCUACUGUCAUCCAUUUUGUCCUGGUCAAUAUCGAUUUCAGGACAUUUAAAGCCCCAGGUGUUCCACGUGAGACGGACAAAGAGAGAGAAUUUGCAGACUUUGACAUCUUUGAUGACCCAGAGACGCCCUACUCCACCUUCAACUUCCAGUAUUCCAAUCAAGCCUUCAGCCAGCUGCAUGAUCUUAUGGAAUUUAACACGCUUAACAACAUAGAGGUCAUCAAAGAAGGCAUAAAGGACAGUAUCUUGUAUAGGAAGGAGAUUCCAUCUCGCUGCGCUGUCUCUCUUUCUCUUAGUGAAAUACAAAGCAAAAAACUCUUGAAGAGGGAGUCCAAAGGACAAGCAAGCCAAUAAGAAGGCGGUAUAUGAUGGCAUUCUAGCCACAUGAAAUUUACAGAUGUCACAUCUCAUCAUGGAAACUUUUUUUAACUGAAAAAUAACUCAGACUGUGAAACUAGAUGGUCUGGUUUGGUCCCCAGAACAUUUUCCUUGUAGCCUUUUAAAGAUAAAGAGAGAACUGGUGACUUGCACCAUAAAAACAGCAUUUACAAUGUAACUUUUGUCAUUAAGUUGUGCGGGUGUAGUAAUUCCAGAAAGUGUGGUGUGAAGUGCCAGAGUAGAUGUAAACAGAUAAACUAUUUCUUUCAAUAAUAGGUGCUGAGAGAUUUACUUUUCGAAGACUUCCCCCUUCCGUCAUCAUUUACUCAACCUCAUGUGAUUACAUUUUGUAUAUUAAUUGUCUUCUGCAGAACAUAAACGACAUUUUGAAGAGAGUUAGGGGCUAAAUAAUGUUUAACUUUCACUAUAUAGACAAAUAAAAACACUGAAACAUUUUUAUAAAUAUAUUCUUUUGUGUUCCAAAGAAGUCAGGUUUGGAAAUACAUAAGUAAAUGAAGACAGAAUUUAAAUUUUUGGUUGGACCAUGUCUUUAAUGCAAAAUUAUCUUCAGACUAUUAGUGAAUCAAUCCCAAGAAUGUGACAGAAAGUACCUUUGGGCUUUUGGCGUGUUUGUGUAUGAUUUAAUGGCAACUGCUAAAACAACAUCAUAUGAGUCCUGAUUUAUGUUUAAUGAACUAAGGGAGUGCCUCAACAAAAAAAAACAACAUCCUGAGGUACAAAACAAAACAUGAAUCCAUGGCAAUCCCACCACUAUCUCGAGUCGGUUAAACAGGUGUUUUGUUUUGUUUUAGUCCUGUCUUGUAAUUUUUCCGUUUAGAUGCAGAGAUAGUUAUUAUUUUUUAGCUGAGUCAUUUCCUUUUACCAUUAAAGGUGCAGUAUGUGAUUUCUCAAAAUCGUUGUUGAACACUGUUAGUAUUUGAAAUCAACCUAAACACACCCCUCCCUUCAUUGCUCCGCCCCCAAAAUGCACGAACACACAAUGCAAGAGUGUCUCUGAAGCUAAGCAAAAUAAUACUUCUCGAAAAAUAAAGGGAAGAUGACAAACGGAAUCACAAAAAUAGUACACAAGAGUAUAUACACAAGCAAGAGUUCGUCGUUAGUCACCAGUAGCUCACCAGCUCCAGACAUGAUACUCAAAACCAAUGUUACUCGCCUAUGGAGCAGAAACAACGCAACCUCGGCUUCCAUUUUAAUUUAGGCCUUAGGUCUCUCAAGCGCUGGAAAGCUUUUCUAAUAUUAACGCGGGUCCUAAAGCACUUGCCUGAUCAUAACCCUACUUUUUCCAGUUAUAUUCUUAUGAGCUUUUCUCUUUUGUAAUGUCUCAGCCUUCUCUCUUUCUACAGUUUUUCUUCAAAUCUCCCUCUUGCUCACUCUCUCUCCUCUCCCAUCAUGAAUGUAUACGCCCCCUACUGCUGAUUAGCUAGAAGUUGUUGUAGUGCUCGGUCCGAUCCACUUUCAAUAGCGUUUUUCAAAAAUCACUCACUGCACCGUUAACCACUAUUGUCUGUUAGUAUCUGAGUGAAAGGGAAAGGAGGUGUUUUGGUGUUAGUUAAUCCUCAAACCAACAAUCCAAUAUGGUGAUGGAUUGGUGAUGUUAUAUAUUCUUUUUAUACAGUACAAUCAUGCAGUGAGUCCCAGUAGAUCAUGCAGGUAGCACAAAAAAACGCUGACUUUAUAACAUUUGCUCCACUAUACCUGCUACACCGAUGAACUUGCUAAUGAGGACUGGCUGUUUUAGAUGACUGAAUGUAAAGUGUAAUGCUCUGAUGUCUUACUAUAGAGCAUAUUUUAACAUUUGUGGACAUUAUACCCUAAUGAAGGCUCCUGUGUAACUUAUUAUGGGAUUUAUUGACCAGGUUAUUGGUAGUUUGUACUUGUAGACUCACACUGAGCAUUAAUUUCCUAUUUAUUCGUAUAACCAUGUAAUACUUAUGUUAAAAAAAGAGUUUUAUGUUGUAUUACAAAGAUGUAUGCAUUGUUUACAAUUAAUAAAACAUCUUAUGAUGGUGAUUAAAUAAAAAAAGACUUUAAAUGUGUGAAAAAUGA